AUGCUUCUUAUAAUUAGAAAAAAUUUUAAAAAUUGUACAUUUCUGAAAUAUGGCAAUGAAGAAAUAUUUAAAAGCUUUUUCUUUUUUAAAAGGAGAAUAAGUAACGAUAUAAGCACAUCAACUCAGUUGAUUGUAAAAUGUGUUAAUGAAGCUUAUAAAUCUAAAAGUUUUAGUAAAAUAAAAUGGAAUUGUAUAAGUAAUGACAUUUUAAAAAAUAAAAAUGAUUUUAAUCUAAAAGAAAUAUUAAAUAUAAUAAAUGUAUUAAGUCAUUUGCAUUUUGGGAAGAAUAUAUUAACUCAGUUUAAGUCAUUAAUUAUACCAAAAUUAAGUGAUCUUAAAUCAAAUUAUAUAACAAAAAUUCUUAUAUCCUAUAUAAAAGCAAAUAUUAAAGACAAUAAUUUUUAUCAUCUUCUGUGUGUAAAAAUUCAAAAUAAUUUAAAUGAAAUAUCACAUUCUUCUUUAAUUAAUUUGUUAUACAAUAUAAACUUUUACUCAAAUAUGAAAAAUGAUCAUUUAUCAAGCAUAGAAAAGCAAAUUUUAGCCUAUUUAGCGAAAGAGUUUCAAACAUAUAAUCUUGAUGGAAGUAAAAAUAUAAAAUAUAACGAUAAUAUAAGUACAUAUAAAAAUGAAAACUCAAAAAUUAAUGAACUUUUGAAAAAAAAUACAACAGAAAAUUGCACUAACCCUAACAUAAAAAAAAAUUCUAGUACAAAAGAGAAAAAUGAAACAAUAAAUAAUUUAAAAUAUUUUUAUUUUGAAAAUUAUAAUUUUAUAUUACUUUUUUAUUCUCUUAGCCAGUAUUUAUUUGAUUUACAUUUGAAAAAUAAAAAUAAUCCCAUUAAUGAUUAUUUUUUUAAUCAAUUAAACAAAUGUCAUGAUAUAGUAAAAAAUAUUAUAUUUCAUAAAAAUGAACUAACUUUGCUUGAAGAAAUAAAUCCUUUUCACACAUUUUUAUUAUAUAAAGCUUGUUUAAACACUAUUUAUACAUUUGAUGACAAAUCUAUACAUAAAAUUUUAUUAAAUCAUAUUAAAGAGAAAAUAAAUAACUUCAUUUUACUUAUAAAAAAUAAUGAUAAAAAUAUAAAAGGACAAACUAAUGAAAUGAUAAGAUAUUUGGAUAUAUUAAAACAAAAUUUAAUUCAUUAUUCUGAUAACAAAAAACUUCAUUUUCAAUAUUAUUUUAAUAAUAAUGUUAUGUUAAUUAAAAGUAUAUUAUCCAUAUUACAAGAAAAAAAUAAAAACGACAUAAAAAAAUAUUAUAUAUGGCAUAGAGAAAAAGUAGAAAAUAUACAAAAAAUUCUAAGGUUAAUUGAAAUAGAAAAAUAG